AUGGCGACUGUAGACGAUCUCUCGCGGACCGAGUAUCCGGCGAUGCUGGCGCACCUCCAGCCCAGCCAGGCCGUGCAGGUGUUCUCAGACCGCGUCAAGCGCAUUACCAAGACAAACCAGGAGAUCGCCGAUUGGCUUCAGGAGCGCCGAAAGGUCGAGGAGCAGUAUGUCGCGGGACUGCGCAAGCUACUCGUCUUCAAGGUCCCUAACCCCUCCUCCGAGCUUGGCGUCUUUCAAACGCCAUGGGAUAAGAUCCUCCAGUCGAUUGAGAGCAUCGCUGCCGCGCACCAGGUAUUCGCGCAGCGCAUUCACGAAGAUGUCGAGCAGCCACUGCGUCAGUUUCAGAACAAAAAGGAGAUGCAAAACAUUCACACAAUAGCGUCAAAUCUCCAGACUAUGGCCCGAGAACUGGAGGAUGCGACCGAGAAGUCAGACAAACUAAACAAAAAGGGCGGGAAGGCUAGCGCUCAGAAGGUUGAUCAGGCGGCUGCUAGACUCGAGACCGCAACUCAGCAAUGGGAAUCCCAAGCGCCAUUCAUCUUCGAGACGCUUCAAGCACUCGAUGAACAACGGAUAAACCACCUGCGCGACGUUCUGACCCAGUACGAGACCCACGAGGUUGACCAGGCUGGUAGGACUCAGUCGGCCGCCGAAGAGGUUCUCAAUAUUAUGCUUGAGGUCAACACCUCCGAGGAAAUCCGCAAUUUUGCUCAGCGCACAACUGCUGGAAAGCCAAAGGUUGAGCGUAGGACGGCCAGACAGCCAGGCUCUGCUGCUCCGAGCCCUGUGGCGGCGAGCGUCACCGGAGAUGAUGUUAGUGAGCACUCCGGUCACCGGGAGCAUCAACCAGAGUCUAAGCUUCGCAGUCGUAUCGGGACCAUGCUUGGCCGUCGGCGACAGAGCGUUCACGCCGGGUUUGGGCAGCUCUCCCCUCAGAAAGGGCUUGGCUCCUUUUCCCAUCGACUUGGAAGCAGUCACAGCCACACGCUAUCUCCGAGGGCAUCAUCCCACAAUCUGGCCGAAUCCCACAACAGGUUGUCAUCUGUGGUUGAGCGUCCUACCACAGAACAACCCGCUGCUGGUGACACUACGGACAAGGACCAGCAGAGGCCACAUGAAGGGACCAAUGGUGUUACAACGACAGGGGACCUGUCUCGAGAUCAUCAGCCAGCGCGCCCUAAUCUUCUGAAUGGCACAGCUGAGGACAUCUUCGACACGCCGCCACCAGUCCCGCCUCUCCCACAGACCAUUAAGGAAGAGCCCAAGAAAGACGCCGAGGGCUUCACGAUCCCUCCUCUUAUGAACGACCCGAUCUCCCAGGCUCAAAGAGAAGCGGCUGCUGAAGCAGGAGAAACCGAGCAGCUGUUCAAGUUGAACAUUCAAAACGAGCCCAUUGCGGAAGAAGACCAGGAGGCAAAACAGCAAGCCAUGUCCAAUGUCGCCAACGCUCUCACCAGUAUGGCGGUGCCGGCUAGGAGAACAGGCACUGUUCGUGGCCGCAGAGAAGUCCGGAAUACCAUGUACAUGCCAGUUGCUCCUAUUGCCGACAUUACUGCCGAGAAUCCUUUCCCGCCAUCUCCAUCCUUGCCAGCCAGCACCUCAGUGCCUAAAGUAACGCCCACGACGCCGUUAACCUCUGAGCCAAGCCAUGCCUCCGAUACCCAGUCAAUUCGCUCUGGCACUUCUGUCGGCGCUUCAUCCAGCGCUCUUGCUCGCAUCAGACACCCCGAUCUCCAUGGGCCAAACCAAGCCCCUGGCCUGCACUCCUCUAUCAUCGAGACCGUUUCUGCCGUCUUCAAGGAUGGGGAACCACAAACGGUCAGGGUGACAGGCGAAAUUGCCCUCGCAUACGUGCCUGACCCCGAGAAGCCCUUCACCGACCACGAAACAAUCCGGCUGAACAAUUUCUCGGUGCUCGAAUCCAUCGGCCCGAACCGCGUCUUCGUGGCUAACGCCCCUUCUCCUGACGAGUUCACGAUCGACGUUUCGCAUCUCUCGAUGACCACGCCCGCCUUCACCUAUCGCGUCCACGCCGAAUCUGACACCGCCCUAGCACCCCACUGCCCUAUCGCCCUCCACCCGGUCUGGAAGCCUCAAGGCGACAAGCUCGGCCUGCUCCUGCAGUAUCGUUUGAACCCCUCAUUCUCUCACGCCACCCGCAGCCCCGUCACCCUCUCCAACGCCGUCUUCAUCGCCACCUACGAGGGCGCCCGCGCCAGCGGCGUGCAGACCAAGCCCUCUGGCACUCACCUCAAGGACAAGCACAUUGUCUACUGGCGCCUCGGCGACGUCACACUGACCGAGGACUGGGCAAAGAUAAUCUGCCGCGUGAUUGGCGACCAGAACGCCGAGCCGCAGCCUGGCCAUGUUGAGGUGCGCUGGGAGUGGGUCCCUCCACAGCCCGAGGGUGUGGGAAGUGGGAUCUCGGUGUCGAGGUUGCUUGCUGAGGGCCCGGCGGCCAAGGGCAAGGAGAAGGAGGAGGAGGAUCCGUUUGCGGAUGAGGCAGUUAUUUCGUCAGCGCCGGCUUCGCCUCACAUUGAGAGAACUUGGGCUGAUGUACCGCUUGUGAAGAAGGUUAUCAGCGGGAAGUAUGAGAGCAAGUAA